CAGAGGAUACAAUAAUAACAUUCCACCGAUUGAGCCCUCAAAUCUAUUCUCGCUUUGUCACACUUCUCAAAUCCAUUUUGUCCCAAAAUCAAGUUUUAGGUUUUUCAAUUUCUCCAAAUCCGAUUAGAAAAUGAGUUCCACAGGCACAACUAAGGGCGGAAGGGGUAAGCCAAAGGCUGCCAAAUCAGUUUCAAGAUCUUCAAAGGCAGGUCUUCAAUUUCCCGUCGGAAGAAUCGCCAGAUUCCUCAAGGCCGGUAAAUACGCCGAACGUGUUGGUGCCGGAGCUCCUGUCUACCUUUCCGCCGUCCUCGAGUAUCUUGCUGCUGAGGUUUUGGAAUUGGCUGGGAACGCUGCCAGAGACAACAAGAAGAACCGUAUUGUACCAAGGCACAUUCAGCUUGCAGUGAGGAACGACGAGGAACUCAGCAAGCUUUUGGGAACUGUGACCAUUGCUAAUGGUGGUGUUUUGCCCAAUAUUCAUCAGACUUUGCUCCCUAAGAAGGUUGGAAAGGGAAAAGGAGAAAUUGGAUCUGCGUCUCAAGAAUUCUAGGGUUUCUGGGUUCUGUUCUAGCAGAAAUGAAAUGUAGCACUCUGAUGAAGUGAAUGGUUUUGUACUGCACUUAGUUGAAUAUGAAUGGAAAACAUUAUGAAUAUAUACAUGUAGCUUCUAUUAAGCUUUUAUUGUUCAUUCGCUUUAAUCUGUAAUCUGUGGUUGUUGAUACUUGAAGUGAGUCUGAGCUUUGGAAUAAACAAACCAUAAUUUAUCUUUAGAGUUAAUUUUUAUGUAAAAA